ACAACUUCUCAACGCUCGCAACUAUCGCCAUUUCAGCGAGCACUCAUCCUCCUCUACAAUCUGUUACAGGCCUGUCAUUAUUCCUGUUGCCUGGUAUCACCUUCAUCCUGCCGCGCAUCAGGUAAUUGAUUCAUACACAACCUCCAUCAUUUGCUCCCAUCAAUUAUUCUCUUACUUUUCUUCCCCCGUGCAGCCGGACGACUCCUACCGCUCAGCUCACGCCCUUUUCUCCCCUCUCACCCUCUCAUGAGAUCAAGGCCAUAGUUUCAAUCCCUUAUAUACUCCCCAAUCACGAAACCCACCAAGAAGUAGUCCUACCGUCCUUACCAUGCGUCCCGAAGUCGAGCAGGAGCUUUCCCAUACACUCCUGGUGGAGCUCCUUGCAUAUCAAUUUGCAUCGCCUGUGAGGUGGAUUGAAACGCAAGAUGUCAUCCUCGGCGAAAAAACGACAGAGCGUAUUGUCGAGAUUGGACCGGCAGACACACUUGGUGUGAUGGCAAAGAGGACUUUAGCCACCAAAUACGAAGCCCACGACGCGGCCAAGUCUGUCUCUCGAGACAUUCUCUGUUACAACAAGGAUGCCAGAGACAUAUACUACACAGCAGAUCCAAUAGCAGAGGAACCCGAGCCAGCGAGCUCGGGCGAGUCAGCACCUACAUCAUCUACACCAUCCUCCUCACAACCAGCACAGGCCGCAGUGCCAGCGGCAGCUCCCCCGCCGUCGAAUUCUGGCCCUGCUGCAUCUGUGGAGGAUGCUCCGGUCUCUGCUACCGACAUAUUGCGAUCUCUCGUUGCGCAGAAGCUAAAGAAAGCCUUGACUGAUAUUCCCCUGAGCAAAGCCAUUAAAGACUUGGUAGGAGGCAAGUCCACCUUGCAAAACGAGAUUCUAGGUGACUUGGGGAAAGAGUUCGGAUCAACACCCGAGAAGCCAGAAGACACCCCUCUCGACGAACUCGGUGGAUCUAUGCAAGCAACAUUCAAUGGCCAACUCGGCAAACAAUCUUCUUCGCUUAUUGCAAGAAUGGUGUCUUCCAAAAUGCCUGGUGGUUUCAACAUUACAGCUGUCCGAAAAUACUUGGAAACAAGAUGGGGACUCCAAUCGGGUCGACAGGAUGGCGUCCUCUUGUUGGCCCUGACAGCCGAGCCUGCUUCACGUCUAGGAUCAGAAAAUGAUGCCAAAUCGUGGCUCGACGACAUGGCCAACAAAUACGCUGCUCAUGCUGGUGUCAACCUGUCAUCACCGGCCGCUGGCGGUGACGCCGGUGGCUCUGGCGGCGGCAUGAUGAUGGAUCCUGCUGCACUGGAUGCUCUGACUAAAGACCAGAAGGCAUUCGUAAAGCAACAAUUAGAACUCCAGGCACGUUACUUGAAAAUGGAUUUGCGUGCGGGUGACAAGGCUUUCGUUGGUGCUCAGAAAACUGCCAAUGCAUUGCAGGCACAACUCGAUCUCUGGAAUGCGGAACACGGUGAAUUCUACGCUAGUGGCAUCGAGCCAUCCUUCACCCCUCUCAAAGCUCGCGUAUACGAUUCUUCGUGGAAUUGGGCACGUCAAGAUGCCUUGAGCAUGUACUAUGACAUCAUUUUCGGUCGACUGAAGGCAGUUGACCGCGAAAUUGUCAGUCGAUGUAUACAGAUCAUGAAUCGAUCGAACCCUGUCCUACUAGAAUUUAUGCAGUACCACAUCGAUCACUGCCCGACUGACCGUGGCGAGACUUAUGAACUCGCUAAAGAGCUAGGAGAGCAGUUGAUCGAGAACUGCAAGGAUGUGUUGGACGCAAACCCUGUUUACAAGGAUGUAGCAGUUCCAACAGCACCGCAUCUCGAGAUUGAUGCUCGUGGAAAUAUGAAUUACAGCGAGGUUCCUAGAGCUAGUGUCAGGAAGCUUGAGCAUUACGUGAGGGAAAUGGCUGAAGGUGGAAAGCUUUCUGAGUACGGCAACCGCACUAAAGUCCAAAACGAUCUCCAGCGCAUAUACAAGCUCAUUCGCCAGCAACAUAAGCUGUCCAAGUCCUCUCAACUACAGAUCAAGUCUCUCUACAGCAAUGUCAUCCGUUCAUUGUCAAUGAAUGAGGGUCAAAUAAUGCCCCAAGAAAACGGCAAUGGCAAGAUGAUGAAUGGUCACGCAAAGAAAGGCCGAAAUGGCCGUAUUCCUCAGCUUAAGCAAGGCAAGGUUGAGACGAUUCCGUUCUUGCAUCUGAAGAGAAAAGAUGACCACGGAUGGGAAUACAGCAAGAAGCUGACAGGCAUCUACCUCGAUGCGCUUGAGCAUGCAGCAAAGGACGGUGUCAGCUUUGCUGGCAAAAAUGUCCUGAUGACUGGAGCUGGCGCUGGAUCCAUUGGCGCAGAGGUCUUGCAGGGCCUGAUCAGUGGUGGCGCCAAGGUCGUUGUCACCACAAGUCGAUUCUCGCGUGAAGUCAACGAGUACUACCAAUCAAUGUAUACCAGAUAUGGUGCUCGUGGAUCGCAGUUGAUUGUUGUUCCCUUCAACCAAGGCAGCAAGCAAGAUGUGGACGCUCUGGUCGACUACAUUUACGACACCAAGAAGGGUCUUGGUUGGGACCUAGAUUUUGUUGUUCCUUUCGCCGCGAUCUCCGAAAACGGUCGUGAGAUCGAUGGUAUCGAUUCCAAGUCUGAGCUUGCACAUCGUAUCAUGCUUACCAAUCUGCUGCGCUUACUUGGUGCCGUCAAGACAAAGAAGUUUGACAACUCCUAUCAGACUCGGCCCGCCCAGGUCAUUCUGCCGUUGUCUCCUAACCACGGAACUUUCGGUAAUGAUGGUCUAUAUGCCGAGUCUAAGAUCGCGCUUGAGACUUUAUUCAGCAGGUGGCAUUCGGAGAGCUGGGGCAGCUAUUUGACCAUUUGCGGUGCCAUCAUUGGAUGGACUCGCGGUACUGGUCUCAUGGCCGGAAAUAACGUCGUUGCCGAAGGCAUUGAGAAGUACGGUGUCAGGACGUUCUCGCAGCAAGAGAUGGCUUUCAAUUUGCUUGGUCUAAUGGCUCCUCCAAUUGUCAACUUAUGCCAAGUCGAACCAGUAUGGGCAGAUCUUAACGGCGGUUUCCAGUAUAUUCCCAACCUCAAAGACCUAAUGACCGACCUUAGGAAGGACUUUACAGAAACUGCCGAGAUCCGCAACGCCGUUACUAAGGAGAACGCUAUCGAGAACAAGAUCGUUAAUGGAGAGGAUAGCGAGGCGUUAUACAAGAAAGUCACAAUCCAACCCAGAGCCAAUCUCAAGUUCGACUUUCCCCAAGUCCCAGAUUGGGAGACUGAAGUAAAGCCUUUGAACGAAAACCUGAAGGGCAUGGUCGAUCUAGAGAAAAUUGUUGUUGUCACAGGUUUUGCUGAAGUUGGGCCUUGGGGUAACUCCAGGACUCGCUGGGAAAUGGAAGCUUAUGGCCAAUUCUCUCUUGAAGGGUGCGUCGAGAUGGCGUGGAUCAUGGGUCUUAUCAAGAAUCAUAACGGCCCGCUUAAAGGCAAGAGUUAUUCUGGAUGGGUAGACGGCAAAACUGGCGAACCAGUUGACGACAAAGACGUAAAGCAGAAGUAUGAGAAGUACAUUCUCGAACAUUCCGGCAUUCGCUUGAUUGAGCCUGAGCUUUUCAGGGGCUACGAUCCCACAAAGAAGCAGCUUAUGCAAGAGAUCCAAAUUGAAGAAGAUCUAGACCCAUUUGAAUCAUCAAAGGAAACUGCCGAGGAAUUCAAGCGGGAGCACGGCGACAAAGUUGAGAUCUUCGAGAUCGCCGAUUCAGGAGAAUACACUGUUCGUCUCAAGAAGGGUGCUACGCUCCUCAUUCCAAAGGCCCUACGAUUCGAUCGUCUUGUUGCUGGGCAAAUACCGACUGGUUGGGACGCAAAGAAAUAUGGUAUCGAAGACGACAUCAUUUCGCAGGUCGAUCCAGUCACACUAUUCGUGCUCGUAUCCACUGCGGAAGCCCUACUAUCGUCUGGUGUUACUGACCCGUAUGAAUUCUAUCAAUAUGUCCACAUCUCCCAAGUUGGAAACUGCAUAGGCUCCGGUAUUGGUGGCACUACUGCUCUGCGUGGCAUGUACAAGGACCGUUUCUUAGAUAAGCCGCUGCAGAAGGACAUCCUUCAGGAGUCUUUCAUCAACACCAUGAGCGCCUGGGUCAACAUGUUGCUCCUCUCAUCGACGGGUCCCAUUAAGACGCCAGUCGGUGCUUGUGCCACAGCUGUCGAGUCUAUUGACAUCGGCUAUGAUACUAUCGUCGAAGGCAAGGCUCGUAUCUGCUUUGUCGGCGGAUUCGAUGAUUUCCAAGAGGAAGGUUCUUACGAAUUCGCCAACAUGAAGGCUACUAGCAACGCCGAGGAUGAAUUCGCUCACGGCAGAACUCCCAAAGAAAUGUCGAGACCUACUACCACUACUCGUAACGGCUUCAUGGAAUCUCAAGGUUGUGGUAUGCAAGUCAUAAUGGAUGCUCAGCUAGCCUUGGAUAUGGGUGUUCCAAUCUAUGGUAUUCUGGGUUUCACUGCGACUGCGACUGAUAAAAUUGGACGCUCUGUCCCUGCGCCAGGUCAGGGUGUCCUCACGACAGCUCGGGAGGUCAAGUCGAAGUUCCCAUCACCUCUGCUCGAUAUCAAAUAUCGUAAGAGGCAGAUGGAGCUCCGUCGCAAGCAGAUCAAACAGUGGCAGGAGUCUGAAUUCAUGUACCUGCAAGAGGAAGUUGCGGCGAUGAAGACACAAGGCGAGAAGUUUGACGAGUCGGAGUAUAUGCAAGAACGUGCCGGCCAUAUCGAGCGAGAAGCCAAGCGACAAGAGAAAGAUGCGCUGUACAGCUUGGGCAACAAUUUCUGGAAACAAGACGAACGCAUUGCACCUCUUCGUGGCGCACUUGCCACUUGGGGUUUGACCAUCGAUGAUCUCGGAGUUGCUUCGUUCCAUGGUACAUCCACUGUCGCCAAUGACAAGAAUGAGUCGGAUGUCCUGUGCCAACAGAUGAAGCAUCUCGGACGCAAGAAGGGCAAUGCCAUGCUCGGUAUCUUCCAGAAAUAUCUCACAGGUCACCCCAAGGGUGCAGCGGGUGCAUGGAUGUUUAACGGUUGCCUACAAGUUCUCAAUAGCGGUCUGGUUCCUGGUAACCGCAAUGCCGACAACGUCGACAAAGUCAUGGAGAAAUUUGAUUACAUUGUGUAUCCGAGCCGGUCGAUUCAAACGGACGGCGUCAAGGCGUUUUCAGUUACCUCGUUCGGCUUUGGUCAAAAGGGAGCCCAAGCUAUUGGUAUUCACCCCAAGUACCUCUUCGCUACUCUUGAUCACACCCAGUACCAGACAUACAAGCAAAAGGUGGAGUCCAGGCAGAAGAAAGCUUAUCGCUACUAUCAUGACGGUCUCAUUAAUAACACAAUGUUCCGUGCGAAGAACAAGUCGCCUUACGAAGAUGCCCAGCAAAGCGAGGUAUUCCUUAACCCAUCAGCACGUGUCGCGACGGACAAGAAGUCCGGCGACUUCUUAUACCCCUCAAAGGCGCCAAAGCCAACCAAGGACGAGAGGACCGAAGAAACGCGAAAGAUGGUCGAGUCUCUCGCCAAGGCCACGGCAACAGAAAACACCAGGAUUGGCGUUGACGUGGAAAGUAUCGACGCCAUACCAAUCGAAAACGAGACAUUCGUCACGCGGAAUUUCACACCAUCAGAACAGGCAUACUGCCGCAAAGCACCAUCGACGCGUGCCUCUUUCGCAGGUCGGUGGAGUGCAAAGGAAGCUGUAUUCAAGUCUCUUGGUGUUGAAGGCAAGGGUGCGGGCGCACCGCUUGCUGAGAUUGAAAUCACCAACGAUGACAAAGGCGCCCCAGUUGUUACCUUACAUGGUGCUGCCAGCGCAGCUGCAAAGAAAGCCGGCGUGAAGAGCGUGAGCGUCAGCAUCAGCCAUAGCGACCAACAGGCCAUUGCUAUUGCCGUCGCGUCUUUCUAAGCCCCGUCUACAACUCUUCAUGUAAUCUAUCCGUUGUGUGUGAGCGAAAGCAACUCUUUUGAUAUCCUGCGCCGGGGUAGGAGCCGGCGCUGAUGUAUAACUCUGUGCGAAGGAUCGGGCGGUAGAUAGAGGGGGAAAGUAGUUAAAGUAGGAGAUUAGAUUUAUUGCAGCAGUGCAAGUCCGUUCUACUUUUUUUUCAACUUCUCCGCUUUUCCUCUCCCCUAAUUCGGGUCUGCGUAGCUGAAGCAGAACACUUGUCGGUGGUACAUAAUCGACUACAAUAUCUAU